AUGAAGUUCCUCAGCGUAGCAGCCUCAUUGGCUGCCCUCAUAGUCGCUGCCAACGCAGGCACUGUUCUCUGGGAUGGCCGCUUCAACGACCUCAACUCAUCCACCGAUCUGGACGAGUGGUCAUGGUCUGACGAAGUCGGGCCCUAUCAAUACUAUAUCCACGGCACAGGCGACGUGACAGAGUACAUCAACCUCUCGCCAGACUACAAGAAUCCAGCCGACACCUCCUCGGUCCAGGGCGCCAAGUUCACGCUCGACAACACCUCGUACUGGGAGGGCCAGACGAUGCGCCGCACCGAGUUGAUUCCGCAGACGUCGGCUGCCAUCAACGCCGGGACGGUCUGGUACCACUUCAGCAUGAUGGCGAGCAGUACGAACUUUCCAAGCAUCUACAGAGAGCACCAGAUCUGCUUCUUCGAGAGCCAUUUCACGGAGAUGAAGGCCGGUUGGAUCUCGGGCGAGGCGAACACGAGUGAUACGAACCUGCGCUGGGACGUGAACAGCGUGACGCAGUGGUCUACCAACUUUACCGCAGAUGUGUGGCACAAUAUUGCCUACGAAAUCGACUUCACGUCGGGUACUGUCGGCUUCUGGCACUCAACGGGAAGUGAUGAUCUUGUAGAGCUUGUAUCACCUAUCAGUGCGAGUGCCAGCAGCAACGGUGAGGACUGGCAUCUCGGCGUGCUGGAGCUUCCGAGGGACGGCUAUCCGGACACGGACGAGGACCUGUACUUUUCAGGUGUCUAUGUAGAAAGUGGAAGUAUUACGACCAGUGUUUCGGGUCCUGCUGGUGAUGGUAAGUGGAGGUGCUCCUGA